UCCUUCUCCUGCUCCAGGCCCGCCGAGGAGCUGAUGCCGCUGCACGUCGCCGCGUCCUGGGGUUGCUGCAGGUGCCUCGAGGUCCCGCUGAAGAAAGGGGGGGUCCCGGAGCUCCGAGACCAGGAUGGGAAACGAGCCAUCGACCUGGCGCUGGGACAGGGCAACCGUGCGCAUGUGCAGAUCCUGCGGGACUUGCAGUAUGCCCGAGGUUGGGCCCCCACGGAGGGUGAGGUCCCCAGGACCCGGGGGGGGGCCAGGCGCUCCCUGUCCUUCCUGACCGAGGAUGGCACCGAAGACAGCGUCUUCUCCCAGCUCCCUGAGGAUGGGUCAGAGACUGGGCCCCUGAGCAGCACCCGCAGGUCCCAGCUGGAGGAGCUGGAGCUGGGGGACAGCUGUGGUUUGGGGGAGCCCCCGCUCUGGCUGGAUUGUCCCCCGGAGCCCCCUUCCCUCUCCAUCCCCUCCUUUGCCCCAUGGCCCCAGGCAGACCCCAGGGGCUCAGCUCUCCCCCCGCAGCCCCUCGCCUCCAGCACGCUGCUUUCGGCCGGGGAUGAGCUCGAGGAGGGACCCCAGAGCCAGACCAUGGGGGGAAGGACGGGGGGUCCCCCCCAGGCUCUCCUUGAACCCAGCACUGGGGACAGCCCCUGUCCCCAGCAGGAUUUUGGUCCCAGUGGGUCCCUGAACUCCCCCCAGCUCCAGUCUUGCAGCAGGGUCCUGGGGGGACACAGGGCAUCUCCCGCAGCUCCCCUGUUCCACGGUGGCCUGAGCAGCUGCUCCGUGGCGUGCCGGAGACCGGGGAUCCGGCACGGUGACAUCCCAGGUGCUGCAGCUCAGCACCGUCCCGGUGUCCCCCGGGGACCGGCACUGGGCCGGCACUGGUCUGGGCUACCCCCUGACCCGGGGACGGCAGUGCUCGAGGCUGGGGCUGGGGACUGGGACCGCAGCAGCCUUGGGGACAGCAGCAGUGCCAGCGAGCGCUUCGUCACCGCCGUGGAGACCCUGGAGCCCACCGAGGCCAGGGGGUGCCCAGGGGUUUGGCACCGCCGCUCCCCCCAGCCCAGGGCAGCUGCAGGGUCAGAGCUGGGCGAAGCCCCUUCCCCAACCGGAGCUGCCACCUGGGAGCUGCCCCCUGCCAGCCCCCCAAACGCGGAGCGGGUGCAGAGUGAGGAUUUUUGGGGUACCUCAAGGGCAGCCCCUUGCUGCAAGGAUGGCUCAGAUGUGGGUGAUGUAGGGGAGCUGCUUGUCCAGCUCCAGGCGUGCAGCCUCCAGGGUUCCCCCCCCUGCACUCCAGGACCCCUUCCCAGCCUGGCCAGUCUCACCACUGGGGAUGUCACCCCCCGGGACCAGGAGCCCCACAGUCACCGCCACGUCACCCUCAGGACCAAGAGCCGCCUCCGGGCCUCUGCAGCACGGCUCAGUGCCUCCUCUUCCUCCUCCCUCUUCGAUGAGACGCUGGAGAUGCCUCGGAGGCCCCCCAGGCUCAGAGCACCCCGGGGUGUCCCCAAGGACCCUGUCACCACCUCAGGGCGCUGCAUCACCCUGGGGGGUGAGGAUGUGUCUAGCGGGGAUGGAGAGGGGACAGGCUCUUUGGAUGACACCGAGAUCCUCCCUGGAGCCCCCAGCCAGCCCAGCUCGCCCCCAGGGGCCAGCAGUUCCCCUAGCUCCAGCCCCACAGUCCUGCUGGUCCCUGGGGACCACGGCUGCCCCCAGGACUCCCCGUCAGAUGCUCAGGGCUCCCCUGGAUCUAGCCCCACGGUCCUGCUGGUCCCUGGGGACCACGGCCAUCCCCAGGAGUCCCCAUCAGAUUCUCAGGGCUCCCCCAGCUCUAGCCCCACGGUCCUGGUGGUCGCUGGGGACCACGGCCACCCCCAGGACUCCCCAUCAGAUGCUUGGGACUCCCCCCAUGCUGCCGGCAGCCCCAACCCCAGGGUGCUGGAGGAUGGUUCUGGGUGGCAGGACCCCUUGCCCUUGGGGACACACCAGCCCCCACGGCCCCACGGGAGCUUCAGCCGCCUCCCGGCCCCUCGGCUGCCAGGCAGCACUGUGGUGGAGCUGGGGACCCUGGCCGUGCCGCUCUCGCCCACCGGCUGCAGCACUCACCGCACCACGGACCACCUCGAGGAUGAAGAGCAGGGACGGGUACCCACCAAGCAGCACAGCCCCGGCACAGAGGCCAUCGCCAGCCCCGAGGACGCCACGGCCCAGGAUGGGCGAGCGUGCACGGCACCGCCGCGGCCCCUCUCGGAUGAAGCUCUGCGCCGCCGGCUGCGGGCGCUGGGGGAUGAUCCGGGGCCCGUCACGGAGCUCACCAGGCGGCUGUACCUGCGGCGGCUGGAGGAGCUGGUGAGGGGACGCCGGGGGAGGCCGGCAGCCGCUCCAGGGCACAGCCCCGAGCUGGCGGCCGCGCUGCGGACCGGCUGUGUCCCUGACUGCACCCAGGACGAGCUGGCACUGGUCCGGCAAUUUGACCGCCCCGACCGGAGCCGGCACUGGCGGGAAGGGCUGGUCAAGUCCAGCUUCAACUACCUCCUCCUCGACCCCAGGACCACCCAGAACCUGCCGCUCCGCUCCCACCGCCUGAGCCCAGCCGAGUGCUUCAGGACCUUCAUCGAAGCCAUCUUCUAUGUGGGCAAGGGGACGCGUGCCCGGCCCUACUGCCACCUCGCCGAGGCGCUGAGCCAGCACCGCGCUGGGACACGGAAGGGUUGCCCCAAGGUGCGGCGCAUUCUGGAGAUCUGGGUGAGCGGGCAGGGCAUCAUCUCUGUGCACUGCUUCCAGAACGCCGUCCCGGCGGAGGCUUACACACGGGAGGGCUGCCUCGUGGAGGCUCUGGGGCUGCAGACCAUCACCAACCAGAGGAAAGGGAACUGCUACGGCGUGGCGGCGAGCUGGCCGGCGGACCGACGCCGGCGCCUGGGUGUUCACAUGCUGCACAGGGCCAUGCGCAUCUUCCUGGCUGAGGGUGAGCGGCAGCUCCGGCCGGCAGACAUCCAGGGUGGGCGCUGAGCACCCUGGGGUGCUGGGGGGCACCCGCCGCCUGCACCUCCCCUCUGCCCCGUCCGAGGAGGCAGCUGCGCUCCGGGUGCGGGUUUUAUGUCGUGAACACUGGCUAGAAUUUUUCUGUUUUUGUAUUUCCCUAAAGGGUGACAAAUAAAUCACGCAGGCCUUCUUUUGC